GUACGUCUCAUGACUGGCGAUUGCGGUGUGAUGCGGUGAACCUUUACUACACUCUGUUUGGUCUGACGCGCCCCUCCUGCCUGCCCCUGCCCGAGCUGGGCCUGGUGCUCAACCUCAAGGAGAAGAAGGCCGUCCUCAACCCCACCAUCAAGCCUGAACAGGGGCCAGGCACCACAGAGAUAACUGGCAACACCAUGGGGGUUCACAUCCCCGUCAUGGGCUUCACUAGCAGUCUGGAUGAAGGCCUGAUCACCAUGGAGACAGUGUCCAGCGUGUCUAUGUCCAGUGGUGUCGCCCCACUUCCUCAGGGUCUGAAGAGAAAGUUGGACAGUGGAGUUGGACCACUGGGCUCCUCUCCACCGGAGCCAGGCCAGGUACUGCAGGAAGAGGACAGCAGUAAAAAAUUCAAGAUCAGAUUCAACACCAUGGAGGAGGAUGAGAUUGACAUGGAGAGUCCCCAUGACAGUCAGGCGUUCAUCCACCACCACCUCAACAUCCUGGAGAGGCCUUCCACACCAGGUAAGGAACCUCCAGUCGUGGACCAGGCCGUCCUCUCCCUGCCUGUCACCCCCUUACCUUCCUUCAGCAAAGAGUCCACCUCUUCCUCCAAACACAGCACUGACCACCACCACCACCACCACCACCACCACGAGCACAAGAAGAAGAAGAGGAAGAAGCACAAGCACAAACACAAGCACAAGCACGACAGUAAAGACAAGGACAAGGAGAGGGACUCCCAUGCCUUCAGUAACAGCCCUGCUAGUGGACGCUCCAUGAGGUCUCCAUCCAUGUCUGACUAGAACACAGCGCUGCCUCCUGGUUGGUUCUUCAGUAACGGCCCUGCUAGUGGACGCUCCACGAGGUCUCCAUCCAUGUCUGACUAGAACACAGCGCUGCCUCCUGGUUGGUUCUUCAGUAACGGCCCUGCUAGUGGACGCUCCAUGAGGUCUCCAUCCAUGUCUGACUAGAACACAGCGCUGCCUCCUGGUUGGUUCUUCAGUAACGGCCCUGCUAGUGGACGCUCCAUGAGGUCUCCAUCCAUGUCUGACUAGAACACAGCGCUGCCUCCUGGUUGGUUGUUCAGUAACGGCCCUGCUAGUGGACGCUCCACGAGGUCUCCAUCCAUGUCUGACUAGAACACAGCGCUGCCUCCUGGUUGGUCCAGAGCUAUGAAACACAGUAUCACCCGCAAGAGAGACUGAGCUGUAAAACAUCACCCUCAAGACUACAGCCUCCAGCUGUCAGUCGGUGUUCCAACUCCUCUGAAUAGAGCUUACUGGUUUGCUGCAUGUCAGCGCACUUCAGUCGGCUAGCCUGGAAUCCACACAAAAUAUUGUUCUGUUUCACUGUUUGAAUCGGAGCUAUAUUUAAGGUUGGAUUUGGAAAAUGGAGCAAUAUUCAGUGUGGAUUCAAGGCUAGUCAGUGUAGGUGGAGGGGGGGGAAACGUGUAGCCUAACCUACAUUCUGUGACCUCAUCAUUAACCACACAGAGAGGCAGACCUGUGGGCCUCUCCAGAAGGAGCCCUUUUAGUUUUUUAAAAGUCUCCCAUCACCCUCACCACACACACACACACACACACAUACACACACACACACACACUCUUCUGGCUAUGCCUGAGCCAAUCUGUCUCCUACCAUCAUCAACAACAUGUUCAGUUAGUGGCUGGGCUCACAUGGGAACCUCUUCAGCCUGUUGAGGACGUAACCGGUCUCUCGGACUGCCGCUAGUCUUUCCCCAGGUUUUUAUAACGUCACCCUGGACAUUGAAUUACAGGUUUACUGUAAUUAACCCUGCUAUCAAACUAAGAGGGGAAAUUCCACUCUCGUUCAGAGAGCCAAUCAAUUCAAAGGUGGAAGAAUCAAGAAUGAUAACCAUUUAGGAUGUAGAUUUUAUAGCAAAAUGUAAAUUGUGUAAUUAGGCUGACCUGCAGUAGACCAUGGCUGUCUGCGUUGUGAACAGUACCCUAUUCCUUUCUAGUGCACUACUUUUCACCAGGUCCCAUACGGCUCUGGUCAAAAAGUAGUGCACUUUAUUGGGAAUAGGGUGCAGUUUUGGAUGCGGCCAUGACUAAUACCCUCAUUGCUGACCUGUAUGACAUGACCGUACUGAAGAGUCAUUGGGUUUCUACCUGUUUCUAACCAUGCAUGUUUUAACUGUUCAUGUUUUUAUUGUUAAGUCAUUUAGAUUGUGGCCUCCUUGUCCCUGACCCAAUCAGUGACUAGCUUGUGGUCUCCUUGUCCCUGACCCAAUCAGUGACUAGCUUGUG